ACACACACACACACACACAUCGACAUACACACCCUGAUACAUCGCGACACACACCCUGACAUACACCUGUAUACAUCGCAACACACACCCUGACACACACCUGUAUACAUCGCGACACACACCCUGACACACACCUGUAUACAUCGCGACACACACCCUGACACACACCUGUAUACAUCGCGACACACACCCUGACAUACACCUGUAUACAUCGCGACACACACCCUGACAUACACCUGUAUACAUCGCCCCUCCAGGUAGUGAUGUCGUUAGCGGUGCAUGUCCGUCGCCACCUGCGGCGCUUCCUCCUCCUCCUCGCCUCUGGCUCCCUGCUAGGCUCCGCCUACUUCCUAUUCUCUCACUCCGCCCCCACUCUACAGCUCAACCAAUCAGGAGAGCACGUUGCUGUGGCGUGCCCCCUGCCCUUUCCAACUCCCUACAGAUCCCCCAACACACACACCGAAGUCGACCCAGUAGUAUUGGUACUAGUAGAAUCACAGUAUAGCCAGUUAGGACAGGACAUAGUCACCAUCCUGGAGUCAGCCAGGUACCCCUUCACAACAGAGAUCACCCCGGGGAAGGGAGACCUGCCUCCUCUCACUGACCAGGGGCGUGGUCGCUACAUCCUGGUCAUCUACGAGAGUCUGUUGAAGUACGCCCACACUGACCCCUGGAACAGACAGCUGCUACACCAGUACUGUCUCCGUUAUCGAGUCGGCAUCAUCACCUUCCAUAUGGCCAAUCAGAACUCUCCGCCCCUGCUGAAUCUCCGGGGUCUUCCCCUGCUGCUACGGACCAAUCAGGCGCUCCGAGACGCCUCUGUGAUGUCACGUUCUCCCCUCCUCCACCUGACGCGGGCUGAGACGGACCGUGGACCACUCCCUGGCGAUGACUGGACCACGUUCUCCUCCAACCACUCCUCCUACCAAGCGGUUGUCCAGACACGGCCCAGGGAGGGAGGCAGCGGAGAUAAUCCAGUCCCUGGUUUGAGUCGGGGCCUACGGGCUACGGUGGUGUUGGACGCGGGGCUUUUUGACGGUGUCCGGAGGGUCGUCUUCGGACACGGUCUGGGAUACUGGCUACACAGGCUCCUAUUGGUGGACGCUAUCACUUACCUCACGGACAGGAAGUUGUCGUUGGGGCUGGAGCGUCACAUCCUGGUGGAUAUCGACGACAUCUUUGUUGGGAAGGAAGGAACACGCAUGAACACCAAGGAUGUUAAGGCCCUCCUGGACACUCAGAACCAGCUGAGAUCUCAAAUCACCAACUUCACCUUUAAUCUGGGCUUCUCUGGAAAGUUCUACCAUACAGGUACAGAUGAAGAGGAUGAGGGGGAUGAUGUGCUGCUCGGUUCUGUAUCAGAGUUCUGGUGGUUCCCUCACAUGUACAGCCACAUGCAGCCACACCUCUUCAACAACCUCACCUCUCUGCUGGAGCAGAUGGUCCUUAACAAGGACUUUGCUCUGGAUCAUGGUAUUCCAGUAGACCAGGGUUAUGCUGUUGCACCCCACCAUUCAGGAGUCUACCCUGUUCAUCUCCAGCUGUAUGAGACGUGGAGGAAGGUGUGGAACAUCAGGGUUACAUCUACUGAGGAAUACCCUCACCUCAAACCUGCUAGAUACCGCAAAGGAUUCAUACACAAUGAUAUUAUGGUGCUGCCACGUCAGACGUGUGGGUUGUUUACACACACCAUUUACUAUGAGGACUAUCCUGGAGGACCUAAAGAACUGGAGAAGAGCAUCAUGGGAGGAGAACUGUUCCUGACUGUCCUGCUGAACCCAGUGAGUUAA